GAUAUCUGCCUUUCUCACGCGCGAUUUUACGUUUUGGCGGACUAUUACGGUAUCGAUGGUCUCCUGUUGCUAUCUCUGAGAAAGAUGCACAGCGCACUGGCAAGCAUGAUUCCGCGUGCUGAUGAAGCUUCCGGUUUCGCAGAAAUGGUUCAAUACAGCUUCGAUAACACUCUCGACAAGCACAAAGGUCAAGAUCAGUUGCGAUCCAUGCUUUGUUUAUACGCUGCUUGCAAAUUUGAGGAGCUGUGGAUAAGUAGCCAGUUUCAGGAUUUAUUCAAGAACGAAGGCGAAUUCUCUUGUGGGGUUAUCACGAAUUUGCUUGCGAGGCUAGAGUGAUAUUCCAAGAAGGUCUUUGCCUGGUAGAAGAAGUUUGUCGUAGGCAGGGAUGUAGUGUUC